UCGCCAGAGCGUGUUGUUAGAGCUGGUCAGAGCGGUGGGUUUGGGCUGCUGUUGCGGUUUCGCGUUAUAUUGUUGCGAUUUGCCAGAGUUGGAAAGGAAAAGGAGAGGAUUUUUUUUAAAAAAAGGGAAAAUAAAAACUCGUUUGAUCAAGACCGUGUUUCUUCAUUUUUAAUUUUUAAUUUUUUUUUUACAAAAGGGGAGGGAGAACCAGAACCAUUUAAAGGGGAAGGAAGAAGGAAAAAAAAAACCACAACAAAAGGUUAUUGCACGUAGCUAUUUGAGGACGCGCAUAAUUGCUAGGGAGAAAAGACGGGAAUAACAAGCGAUUCUUUUUCAUCUCGGGAGUUCUGAAAGAGGAGGUUGGUUGUUUUUUCUUCUCCUCCUCCUCCUCCUCCCUUACCGCGCUCCUCUCUCCUUCGUUGCGAAGGGCCAAGCAACUAAGAUCGAUAAAAGUUUUCAAACGGAAGAGGCGGCUGCGAGAGGGAUCUUGGCGAGAGGAUCCGAUCUGGUAUGAACGGAGUUGUCCUUUGCUUUUCCUUUGCUUGCCGUUUAGGGGGACGGAGAGAGGGGCAGCCGCAGUGAAGGCAAGAGCCGACCCGGGAAUCGAAAGCGAGCCGAGGGAGCUGGCGCCGCCGGGAGCCGCCAGCAAGAAGCCUUCCGAAAGCCGAGAGCUCACCGCGGAAGCGGUCCGCGCGCGGGGCGAGAGGAGCGCCGAGGCCCUGGGCGUGGGAGCGCAGCAACCGGGAGAAUCGACCGGGGCCUCACCGGCGAUCAUGCAAGCCGGGCAGUGACAGCCUCUGUGGAAUGUUGUUCGGCUUCCCUUUCGCCGGGGAGAGAACCGCCGCCACUUCCACCUCCACCUCUUGUGUCUUCUUCUUCUCCUUCUUCACGCGUGUCCGCGGGGUGGAAGAGCCCGGGCAGAGCCGGAGGCGCUCUCCCAAGCGCCAGUGUCGGGCAGCUCCGUCUCCCUCCUCCAUCUCCUUUGCAUUGUUGCCGUUCAAAUCAAUGAACCGAGUUUCCCGGCUGGCCCAGAGCACCCACUAAAUCGGUUUGGAUGAUUCGCGAUCUGAGCAAGAUGUACCCUCAAAGCAGACACCCGGCACCGCAUCAGCCUGCUCAACCCUUCAAAUUCACCAUUUCUGAAUCCUGUGAUCGGAUUAAGGAGGAGUUUCAGUUUUUACAGGCUCAGUACCACAGUUUAAAGCUAGAAUGUGAAAAACUGGCCAGUGAAAAGACAGAGAUGCAGCGACAUUAUGUCAUGUAUUACGAAAUGUCGUAUGGGUUGAAUAUAGAGAUGCAUAAACAGGCGGAAAUUGUCAAGAGGCUGAAUGCCAUCUGUGCCCAGGUCAUCCCGUUCUUAUCCCAGGAGCACCAGCAACAAGUGGUGCAGGCUGUGGAACGUGCCAAGCAAGUGACCAUGGCAGAACUGAACGCAAUCAUUGGGCAGCAGCAACUCCAGGCCCAACAUUUAUCACAUGGACAUGGCCUUCCAGUGCCUCUCACUCCACAUCCUUCCGGAUUGCAGCCACCCACCAUUCCACCCAUUGGCAGCAGUGCGGGCCUCCUAGCCUUGUCAAGUGCCCUUGGGGGGCAGUCUCACCUUCCAAUCAAAGAUGAAAAGAAGCAUCACGAUAGUGAUCACCAAAGAGACAGAGACUCCAUAAAGAGCUCAUCUGUAUCUCCAUCAGCAAGUUUUAGAGCCUCUGAGAAGCACAGAAACUCAACAGAUUACUCUUCUGAAAGUAAAAAACAGAAGACAGAAGAAAAAGAGAUAGCAACUCGUUACGAUAGUGAUGGUGAAAAAAGUGAUGAUAACUUGGUGGUUGAUGUAUCCAAUGAGGAUCCGUCAUCUCCACGAGGAAGUCCAGCACAUUCUCCAAGGGAGAACGGCUUGGACAAGGCUCGCCUACUCAAGAAAGAUGCACCAAUUAGCCCAGCCUCAAUAGCAUCUUCAAGCAGCACUCCUUCUUCCAAAUCCAAAGAACUUAGCCUUAAUGAGAAAUCCACCACCCCUGUGUCUAAAUCAAAUACCCCAACUCCACGUACGGAUGCUCCAACACCCGGAAGCAAUUCUACACCUGGAUUAAGGCCUGUUCCUGGAAAGCCACCAGGAGUUGAUCCAUUAGCUUCGGGAUUAAGAACACCCAUGGCAGUCCCAUGCCCUUAUCCUGCCCCAUUUGGAAUAGUACCUCAUGCUGGAAUGAAUGGUGAACUGACCAGUCCUGGGGCCGCAUAUGCGGGUUUGCAUAACAUCUCUCCUCAGAUGAGUGCAGCAGCCGCAGCUGCUGCUGCUGCAGCCGCCUAUGGAAGAUCCCCAGUGGUUGGUUUUGAUCCACAUCAUCAUAUGCGAGUCCCAGGCAUUCCUCCGAAUCUGACAGGCAUCCCAGGAGGAAAACCAGCAUAUUCAUUUCAUGUAAGUGCUGAUGGUCAGAUGCAACCUGUACCUUUCCCUCCUGAUGCCCUCAUUGGGCCAGGAAUUCCACGUCAUGCUCGGCAGAUUAACACCCUAAACCAUGGGGAAGUGGUAUGUGCAGUUACUAUCAGCAACCCAACAAGGCACGUGUAUACCGGUGGAAAAGGAUGUGUCAAGGUCUGGGAUAUCAGUCAUCCAGGAAACAAAAGUCCUGUCUCUCAGCUGGAUUGUUUGAACAGAGAUAACUACAUCCGCUCCUGCAGAUUACUCCCCGAUGGCCGCACCCUGAUCGUUGGUGGGGAAGCCAGCACGUUAUCCAUUUGGGAUCUGGCAGCGCCCACUCCACGUAUAAAAGCAGAGUUGACAUCCUCGGCUCCUGCCUGCUAUGCUCUAGCAAUCAGUCCUGAUUCCAAGGUGUGCUUCUCCUGCUGUAGCGAUGGGAACAUUGCAGUAUGGGACCUACACAAUCAGACCCUGGUCAGGCAAUUCCAGGGCCACACAGAUGGAGCCAGCUGCAUUGACAUUUCUAAUGAUGGCACUAAGCUCUGGACGGGAGGCUUGGACAAUACUGUGAGAUCCUGGGACCUGAGGGAAGGGAGGCAACUCCAGCACGACUUCACAUCCCAGAUCUUCUCGCUGGGCUAUUGCCCUACUGGAGAAUGGUUGGCAGUAGGAAUGGAGAACAGCAAUGUUGAAGUGUUGCAUGUCACAAAACCAGACAAGUAUCAGCUUCAUCUUCACGAGAGUUGUGUGUUAUCCCUUAAAUUUGCCCAUUGUGGCAAGUGGUUUGUAAGCACUGGAAAGGAUAAUCUUCUGAAUGCAUGGAGAACACCUUAUGGAGCCAGUAUAUUUCAGUCCAAAGAGUCAUCUUCUGUACUUAGCUGUGAUAUCUCUGUGGAUGACAAAUACAUUGUCACUGGCUCUGGGGACAAGAAGGCUACAGUCUAUGAAGUUAUUUAUUAGAGACAAUCUGAAUGAAAACCGUACUCCUUCUAGUAGCACUUGCUGUAUAUUACUUUUAUUUUUCUUGUUUCCCAAUCUGAGGGAUGAAAAUGUUCAACACGGUUGUGGAAUUUUCCCACUAGACUUGCUAUUUAAUAGCAAGCACUCAUUAAGAACAUAUAAAACCAAAUCUUCAGCUAUCUACUUGGAAGAAGAUGGAAUAAGCAUACUUAACAGGGAACUGACUCUUUUAAUUAUGUAACAUAGCUGUAACGUAUUUAUUUUGUUAAAGAAAUCUUUCUAACAAGGAACUGACUAAACAAAGUAAUCGGCGUCUGCCUUGGAUUUGAAGAGAGAAGUACAAUAAUGUGUCUCAAAGAUCAUCUUCAUUCUUUCUGGAUGUUUUUGCUACAUUUCUUUGAAAGAAAGAUACACGCCUUUGGGCAAUUUUGCAGUUCUAAAUAUAACAGAAAAAAAUAUUUGAUACAUUCAUUGGAGAUGGCACUGAGAAGGGAAUGGAUUCCAACACGAAUACAAACUAUAAAAGUGAGGACCUCAGAGU